GCGGCAGUUAACUUGCCGGGAAGCUAGUUUUCAAGAUCACAAACCUGUCCCAGAAACAACUAAAAAGCCCUAAUUGUAGACACGACAUGUAGCUAACUAACGGUUGUAUGAAAUUCGCCAGUUGAGGUUUAUUCGUUACCACGAAGUUAGCCCAAGAAUCGCAACAAAUCGCAAACCUUUGGCUAAAGAAGGCUAGCUCCACGUUGGAGCACGUUGAAGCUUCUGAAAAAAAAAACAACAACAACAACGUGUUGUCCGUUCGGUCAGGACCAAAGUUCCUGGAUGAAGAGGCGCAACUGGAAAGCGGGCCAACGAGGCCAAAGAGGACAGCAAGGUUACACUCGGCACCCGGGACGUAGACGGUACCGAGGAAGACCGUGGAGACCAUCGUGGAACGACGGGAAUGGGUAUGGUGAUGCAGGACCUUCGUCCAGAAUAUCUGACGACCAAGCCAGCUCUUGUUCCUCGUCGGCCAGCAGUGCGGCGCCAGAACUGCCAGGUUUCUACUAUGACCCGGAGAAGAACCGAUACUUCCGCUUGUUGCCGGGGCACAACAACUGCAAUCCCCUGACCCGAGAGCAGCUGAGGGAUAAGGAACGGGAGAAAGAGAGAGCCAGGAUGCUCAUGGAGGACGCCAAGCCCACAAAAAAAGCACCAAGGGCAGGACUCAACAGUUCCUUGCUCCUACGGAAUCGACAUCUUGGGCUGCUACCGGAGAUGUCCUUCUGCAGGCGAGUCCACGAGGGGAGGAUCAGCGCCAUGAGGCGCCACAAGCUGGACCACCAGAGCACGGACGACUUCAGGACCAUUGUGGCCGACUCCAAGUGCGAGCAAGUGUUUGCUGUCAACGACGUGUCUCAGGGGGGCUGCAAGUACGGCUGCAUGAGCUUCAGCAGAAGCAGCCAUGGUGGGUCUCUUUCUGUGGAAACGUGUGACAACCAUUACGUCACCAACUGCAAGGUGAAUUCCCUCUGCUGGGCCUCAGUCAGCUAUCCAGACUCUCACGUGUUACUCUGCCUGGUGGGGGUUGCGGACAAGCCCGGCUACGUCACUUUGCUUCCUGCUUCGCUCUUCAGAAACUCUGACUCAAAUGAGCCAGCGGUGCGUUGCAGUUUUAAGAUCUCCACGGCCUGGUGCUGUGCUUGGUGUCGGCAUCCGCAGUUUGACAAGCUGUUUAGUGCGGGUUUGUCUCACAAAGUGAUCCUGCAGCAAGCCGUCACGGGCAAAAAACAAACGGUCGAUGUCGGCAGCGACGUCCUGGCUCAGCAGUUUUGUGUUGGAGUCCCUUUGCUGUUCAGUGGCUGCCGGUCGGGGGAGAUUUUCAGCCUCGACGCACGGGAGCUGAGUGGCCGCAAGGCGACGGUCUUCUGGCAAGAAUCGGCCAUCACGUCGCUGCGCGUCCUGCGCGAUGAGAACUACCUGGCGGCUGCGGACAUGUCAGGCCAGAUUAAGCUGUGGGACAUACGGGCCAGGAAACCAGUGCAGGAGUACCGAGGCCACUACAACGAGCAUGCCAACCUCCCCAUCCACGUCAGCGAGCCUGAGGGGCUUCUUUUGGCUGUUGGUCAGGAUUGCUACACGAGGUGUUGGAGCUUGCGGGACGGCCACCUCCUAAGGACCAUCCCCUCACCUCACCCGGCCGCCAACGACGCCAUCCCCAGCGUGGUCUUCUCUUCCACCUUCGGUGGCCGCACGGGAGCCCCCGGCCUGCUGAUGGCUGUCAAGAAAGACCUCUACUACUUCCCCUACAACACGGACGAGAGCGGGCCCCAGAGAGUCUGACUGAACGGGACACUUAUUUAGUCUUGUCAUUGACAGGUGAUAAGUCCUUGGUGUGCAGCGUCUCUCAGCCCCCAAAUGGUAUGUGAUGGUACUACCAACAAUCUAGACCUUCUGGAGCAGAUAGUCCAAAGGAGAUUGUUCAAAACGUGAUUCUGUCCUUCAUGAUAUUCAAGUUUCAUCGACUGAGUGCAGUUUAAAACAGGAAAUGCCGUCAAAAAUGCAACUGAAAGAACCAGAGACAAAAGGGGUCCACGUGAUUUUCAAGUCCUGCUAGAGAUCACCGGACUUCUGGCUGCAAACACUGCAGACCCUCACCGGAUGAUCCCAACCCCUGGAGGGCACGGCGCGCCUCUCCUGGGAGCAGUCCUGGCACACGCCCUGACCGCAGGCGCGGCAGUGGUGGAUGGAGAGGCGAGAGGCCGAGAAGUCCCUCUGGCAGCCGCAGCAGGCGCGGAUGUCCUGGUCCGGGACCCAGUAGGCGGGACGUGCGGCGUCCUUCACCAGGCCUGGUGGACACACGACACCACUGAUAAGAAUACAAGGGAGUCCUCGGUUUACAACGUUGCCGACAUAUGGCGGUUCGAGGUUGUAAACGGCCCGUUAUAAACUGGUUUGCGCAGCGGUGUAAGAAUAUGUGAUCCCACGGCACUGCUAAGUUACCAGCAUGCUUUCUGAUUUACAUUGGAUUUUGUUUUAUACCAUCUUGUGGCAGCUUGGUGCCCAGGAACUAUGUUAAUAUGAGGUGGGGGGCUUCUUUUACAGUAUUCUUCCGCAUAGUCACUGUUUGUGAAUUUUCCUAUACAAUGUUAUCCACAAAAAAAAAAACUCACCUAUUUGCCGUUUUUGUGCUCAGACCAUAGCCAUGUCUAAAUACAAAGGUAGUGCUUUGCCACCAUCUUGUGGUAUCUGUAGUCAAUUAACCUUUUUAUGGGGGCAUCACUCGCUUACUUGAUAUUUGUUAUUCGUGGUAGUGUUCGGUCCCUAUCCCCCACAAGUAGCAGGGGAACACUGAAAUACAAGCUACUAGGUAAGAUACAAUAAAUAUUAAGACAAAAUAACGACCAAUUAGAUCAAACAAAAGUUAACAAAUACAGGCUGUCCUCAUUUUACGACUGUCCUGAAAGGUGCUUAAUGAAAUAAUUUGUGCACUGGCGUAAGACUGCAUGAUCAAUGCAGCACAAAAAGACGCGCUCAGUUAUCGCCGUAUUUAACGUUUGUUCGUUUGUUUUAUAUUUAUGGUCUACAAGUGAUUUUCAUAGAAGGGUGCUGUAAUUCUGACUUUAGUACUGCAUUAGCGGAGGUUAGGGAUAGACAAUGCCGCGUUAAGUCUCAUCUUCGAAUUCGUGUUAUGUCAGUCCCAAAGUAAUGGAGCUUAGUCGUUAACCGAGGACCCUUUCCUCCAUCGGUGGCGCGUUUAUUUUCGGAGAAUUCUCACCGAGCGGUAUGUCGAUGGCUCCGACGACAGCGCCGAGGGUGUUCUGAACGGCCUCGCCGACCUUCCUUGCUAUCAGGGUGCCGCCUUCCUCCUCCAAGGCCUCAUCGAGGAGCUCUAGAACAGACACUCGCACGUCACCCAGAUUUUUGCACAUCACAGUGGAAAAGCUGCUGAAUUCGCAUACCAGUGGGGAUUCCUCUGUUCUGGAAGCAAGCGUCGCAGACUCGAACGGGCGCCAGCCCCCAGCCUCUCUCAGGGACUGGGCGGGCUUUGGAGGAGCAGGCGUCGCAGAAACCCUCGCCGCAGGCUCGGCAGUGGUGCUUGGUGUCGUUGGCUUGGAAGUCCACCGUACAUUUGUGGCAUU